AACCAAGAUGGCGGGGGAGGAUCAAGAUGCGGAAAAGUCCGAAGGGAUGAAGAAAUUGGAGAAGUGGCUAAACAAAGGCAUGAAAAUACAAAUGACUGAUGGUCGGACACUUAUUGGUGUAUUUCUAUGUACUGACAGAGACAGAAAUGUAAUAUUGGGUUCCUGUGAGGAGUACCUGCGAUCACCAGACAGUGGAAAGAAAGAAGAUCCGAGAAUUCUUGGAUUGGCCAUGAUCCCUGGCUAUCACAUUGUCAGCAUCCAUGUGGACGAGGAACACACUCCUGGGCAAAGUGUCAUGUGAUUCUGUCUUGUGACAGUCUGCAGGACUUCCUGCCAAAUGACUCGCUACAAUACAUCAUCAUAUGACUUCCUGUCAUGUGAUUGGCUGCCAUACAUCAUCAUGUGGCUGAACUGAGUUUACUAGAUAUAUGUAGAUAAGUUCAUGUGUGGACCUAAUCAGACAAUGUACAAUAUUUCUGAUGGGAUUUUUAACGGUAUGAAUAUUGACAUAAAAAAUAGUUGAUAUUGACUGUUAUGAACGAUUCAAAAAGAAUACCAAGGAUUUACUAUGGUCACCUAUUAUUGAGACUGAAUUCUGUUUGUGAAUCAGAUCAGAAGUCUUCAUUAGAAAUGAAAUGUGAUCUGUUCAGAAAUGAAAUAUGGUGGUCAUGCUUGUUUGCCAUUAAUUAAUUUGUACCCAUAUUUAUUUAUAGACAAAAUCAUUGACAUUUAUGAAAAUGUUGAAAUAAAGAUUGUGUUCUGAUAA